ACUUUUUGACUAUUUGUGUAUUCGUUGAAAAAACUCAAAAAGAAGAGAGAGAGACUGAAGGAGGAGAAGACGAGGAGCACAAAUUGAUUCAUGCUUUCAGAUUUCGACUGGCUUUUAAGUCAAGACAAAGAAAAAUAUCAAGUAAAGAACCAUAUUUAUCCUGCAAGAUGACGAGAUCGUGGGUGCUUUUGUUUGUUCUUAUGUUCAUUGUGUUGACUUCUCAGUUUGAGUGGAAUGAACAAGCUGAUAGUGAAACUGAGACUAGUCCUCCUCUGAUUCUUUCAGAUCAAGAGCAACAUAUACCACAAGGCAAAGAAUCUCUGCAUGAAAAGAAAAUACUCUCUCAAGAAAAGAAAAUUCAAAAGCUUAAUGAGCUGAUUCGAGAUCUAAGGAGGCAGUUGCUGCAAUGCCGAAAUGAAAAUCAGGUUGAGUUGAGGGAGCUAGAAACUGAGCUUGAUCAGCUGCUGUUAAGAGGUGUUUAAUCCAUUUUUACAGGUAUAUCGUUUUCCCUUGUUACAUGUUUCACAGUUUCUUUCCUAUUGAAACCACUGUGAAAUGGUGAUGCUUGAUUGAAAGCAUUAAUUGACUAAACAGUUUCUAUUGAUGAAUUUUGACAUUACCUAUCAAUUAGAUAUGGAUGGCUAGAAUUUAAGUGCCAACUAGUGUGAUGCAUUAGGAGAUACCUAUUGAUUAUAUUGGAUAUUUUUAAGGCACAGUAUGGCGCAUGCUUUCUAUAUUAUUAUCUGGGCCAGGCUUAUUAAAAUUAGUUUUCCAUAUAAAUUUUAAUUGUUAGAUGAUCAGCUACAUUCAUCAUGUUUCACAUUUGAUUUGCUUGCUGUCUCGACAUUUUACCUCAGAAGUGUCAAUAGAUCAGGAGAGUGUUAAGAGUGGUAGUUGAGAACUAUUAUAAGCUGGCAAGAGA